AUGGGAAUUUACAGCCAUUGCAAGGCUCAGGGAAGGCUUGCCAUGAACCAAUCCACUAUUUCAGAAUUCAUCUUGCUGGGCCUUUCCCACUCUUGCACACACCAACUCGCCCUGUUCGUGGUGAUCUUGGCCUGCUAUGCCACCCUCCUGUUGGGUAACUUCCUCAUUGUGAUGACCGUGCAUGCUGAACCUCACCUCCUAGACUGCCCCAUGUAUUUCUUCCUUGCCAGCCUUUCCCUCCUUGACAUGGCCUUGGGCUCGGUGGCUGCCCCCAAGAUGUUGGCUGACAUGAUGUUGUGCAGCCAUACUAUUUCCUAUGGAGGGUGCAUGGCCCAGCUCUUUUCCCUCCAUGUUUUUGGGGGCGCUGAGAUGCUCCUCCUCACCAUCAUGGCCUAUGAUCGCUACAUGGCCAUCUGCCACCCUCUGAGGUACAUGGCCAUCAUGGAUCGACAGCGGUGCCUCAGGUUCCUUGUGGUCUGCUGGAUUGGAGGCCUUCUUCAUUCUACCAUCCAGAUGGCCGUAGUUGCCCAGCUUCCAUUCUGUGGGCCCAAUGUGCUGGACAACUUCUACUGUGACGUUCCACAGGUGAUCAAGCUGGCUUGUACAGAGACAUCCAUCAUUGAGCUACUCAUGGUGGCCAACAGCAGCCUACUUUCCCUGCCCUGUUUUAUAAUAGUGCUAAUCUCCUAUGCCAUCAUUUUGGUGACCCUCCGAGGACACUUCACAAAAGCCAGCAGGAAGACUCUGUCCACCUGCAGCUCCCACCUGAUGGUCAUCAGUCUCAUCUACAUCCCUUGUGUUUUUGUUUAUCUAAGACCCUUCUCUAGCUCCCGACUAGACAAGGUGGCCUCCGUGUUCUACACGAUAGUCACACCAGCUCUCAAUCCCAUUAUUUACACCCUGAGGAACCAAGAAGUAAAGGAAGCCAUGGGGAGGUUGAAGAAGAAAUGCAUAUUCUUCCCCACUAGGUUGAAGGAAGGACAUGCAUGA